CUAAAAAUUAUAGGUCUCCGUUGAAUGAAAGAGCCGUUGUACUUAUGCAUGUGAGUCCAAGUCAAGGGGCAACUUAAAAAAAAUGUUUAUUGGGUAACCGGAGCAUUCAAAUAAUUAUCUCGAAUUCUAUUGGCGUGUUUUUGUCUUCAAGGUCAAGGAACAACCAAUCGAAGCGCAAUUUGAGUGUAAGAAAUUUGUAAUAUACCCACACACAUACAAACAAAGAAUUCCACGAACGAACGAACCGCGUCGCGUGAGGUUCGCAGAUUUAGAUUCGUCGCAGUUUUUGUUUUGGAAGCAAAGCGACCACUUGAGAUUAUUUGUUGAAUAUAGCCUGAAGUCGAAACACAGCUAUAUUUCUCAUUUAAUAUCGAAAACCGACGACGCAUCAAGCUCAAUUAAAUAAAUCGAAGAAAGAUUUUUACGAACUAAAAAUGAGUGACGGGUUCAGGAAAGUUUACACUGAUGGAGCCUGCUCAUCCAACGGCAUGAGUGGAGCACAAGCUGGUUAUGGCGUAUACUGGGGGCCUGACCAUCCUCUCAACGUGAGUGCCCCAGUCAGCGGUCGGGCCACAAACAACAGCGGCGAGAUUCAAGCCGCCACUCGAGCCAUGCAGCAAGCCCGCGAUAACGGCAUCGACAAGUUGGAGAUUGUCACCGACUCGAAAUUUCUCAUCGACUCCGCUACCAAAUGGAUGCCAGCUUGGAAACAGAACGACUGGAGAAGGGCAUCUGGAGAGCCAGUGAAGAAUGAAAGUGACUUCAGGGAACUUGAUCGCGCCCAGCGCAACCUCGAAGUCAAGUGGAAGCAUGUGCCGUCUCAUCAGGGAGUUCAUGGUAAUGAGAUGGCAGACAGGCUGGCUAAGGCUGGAGCCAGAAAGUAUUAUUAAAGCUAAAAAAACCUAUGGUUUCAGUUAUUUUUUUUAUUUUUCUUUUUACUUGAUUUUGUAAGCCAAGCAUGGAUGGAGUCAUCAUGCCUUGCCUUUCAUUUGUUUGUUUUUCUUUUAUUACCUAGUUCUAGGAUGUUUAUUUUGAUUUACUUUUGUGUAAACCUCAUAUCAUAUGAGGGAUUCAUGAGUCGAUACCGUAUGGUAAUUUAGAAACACACAGUGUAGGUCUAAACAAUGGGGUUGGCAAUUCAAAAUAGCUAGCAUAGCUUUAUGUAUAUUAUUUGUAUGUGUAAACUAUUCAUUUUACUUCUAAGGUAAGAAAGCUGCUCCUCAUUUAUCACCUAUUAUUAAUUCUAACACUUAUAUAUUUGCCAGUCUUAGUAUUAAUUGUAACAACUAAUGUUCAAAUCAUUAAUAUUGUGCUAUGAAUGAAACUUCAACAACAAUUACUUAUAAGGUGCCAUGCCAUCUGGACUUAUUUUUCACCGGCCAACCCCAUAAUUCAAACCUGUUUUAUUAUUAUUUCUUUAUGAAAACAAUUGUUAUGGAUCUGAUGUCUAACAAGCUAUAGUUAGACAUAAAUACAUUAAUAGGUACAAGUUCACUGUUUGUAAUGCAAAAGUGUUUGUCUAAGCAACUCAUAUUGUAACUCUUACGUACAAUCACUGUUAGCUUAAGAAACUAAUACAUUUUUCAUCUUUAUUAUUA